AUGAACAAUAACUUACCUUUUGGAGGAAAAAUUAUGCUUAUGGGUGGUGAUUUUCGACAAUUGCUGCCAGUUGUAAAAAAUGGUACUCGAAGUGAAAUGGUUAAUUUAUCAAUUAAAUUUAGUAAAUUAUGGAAAAAUUGCAUUAAAUUUACCUUGACGAAAAAUAUGAGAACUUUGCCAGAAGAAUUGGAAUUUGCUGAAUAUUUAUUAAAUGUUGGCAAUGGUAGCUUAAAUGAUCAUGAGGAUAAUUUAGUGGUUCCUCAAAAAUGUUUGGCUGAUAAAGAUGAAGAUAUAGUUCAGAGUAUUUUCAAGGAAUUAAUUGAAAUUCGUAAAUAUGGGGAUCUAGCCAAAAUAGCCGUAUUGUCAGCAAGGCACGUAGAUGUAGAUGAAAUAAAUGAUAGAGUAGUUCAAUUAUUAGAUAAUAAAAAAGAAAAAAUAUAUACAGGCAUGGAUAGUAAAGAUAAUUGUGACAAUGGAGAACUCAAUAAUGAUAUACUACCAGAGUAUUUAAAUACUUUAAAUCCACCAAAUUUCCCACCAUAUAAAUUGAGUUUGAGAUUAAAUUGUAUUGUCAUGCUUCUUCGAAAUAUAAGUACAAAUGAAGGUUUAUGUAACGGGACAAGAUUACAAAUAUUAGAUCUUUCGAAUAAUCUAUUGAAAUGUAGAAUUUUGACUGGUGAUAAAGAAAAUGAUAUAGUAUUUAUCCACAGAGUUACUUUAUAUUGUGAAAAUGUUUAUCCUUUUACAUUCAAACGAAGACAAUUUCCAAUAAAAAUGGCGUUUGCGAUGACUGUAAAUAAAAGUCAAGGACAAACAUUUGAAAAAGUAGGAAUUGAUCUUAGAAAGGAUAUAUUUAACCAUGGACAAUUAAGGGUCCGGAUGCAAUAA